AUGUUAGAAAUGGCAGUUUUUGAUACCUAUAGGUUUCUUUCGUCGUCUCACGGUGGCACCGCAACCACGCGCUCAUCUUCGUCGCUGGGAGCUUGGUUCGGACAGCGGACUGAUGACGAGCUUGCAGUGGUUAAUCGUCGAAGCGUCCAACCUCCUCGAAUGCCCUUCCACCUGGAUCCGCUCUCCGACAGUCGAAAACUCGGUGUCGCCUUGGUCGAGACCACCUACAACGAACUCAGGGAACGCGAGAGUGUCCGACACGGGGAUCUCGUGCACGAAGACUUUGUCAACCGAAAUGCUGCAUUCGAAGUGGACGCGUAG